UGUGUACUGUUCUGUAGUAGUACUACGAGUAGACAGGGUCAGGGUUUGUCAAGUCAACAACAAAGAACUCGCUCUCUUUGUGGCAAUAUUUAGCAUGUUAAUGGAUUUUUACGAAUGUAGUUUUGUGUUAUAGGGCUUUUCUGGUUGUUAUACAGCUAUUUGUGUGAUUUGAAGAUGUAAUACUCCGCAAAUCCGGCGUAAUUUGCAGAAAACUGCCUUCGCCGAGUUGAAUGACAAGAUGUCGGGACAGAGUAGUCAAUGGGUGCGUAAAUCGUCCCCGUCCUCGAAACAGGGGCCGAUGAAGGCUACUUUGCCUAUGUCUUCGCUAACUAGACAAAACAGUAAUCUUAUUCAAAGCCAAAACAAUAGCCCAACUUUAUCACCAACUUCUUCAUGGAAAUCUCGAACUUCUCCUGACCCUUCUUUGUCUGGACUUAGGAGUCCUGGAGCAGUAAAUUACAGAGGAAGAUGCAAGCGGCACGGACUAGAGUACCUGAGUACGAUGAGGCGGACUGCGUCACUCGAUGCCAUCUACCUGAUGGGGCAGUGGCCGCGCGAUAUGUACAGCGGGCUACUGCAGGUCGACAAGGCCACGCAGACUGACGAGACAAUGGGAGAUCCCAGAAAGGCACACCGUUACACUGAGUCCAGUGCCAACGAGGACAAGCUGGAGAAAUACAUAAGGCACAGACUGCAGCGAGUGGGCAAGGAGAGCUCGAGCAGGGAGCGGACUGCAGCGUUCAGUUUGAUGAUGGCCCCUCUGUCAUCAACAGAGCACGGCUCGCAGACCGCCACCCCGCCACCAUUCUCCCCUGUGAACCUGCCUGGCAAACACCGCACACCCAUGCGCAGCUCGAUCGAAGGCCUCAAUCAGGAGAUUGAGAGGCUGGUGCUGAAGGCCACCUCCACGCUGAGCACCGAACGGGAAGAGGAGAAAAUGCAGAUGGUACAUCAGGCCACACCGGAGGGCCAUAGAGCACCGUUGGCAGACUUGCUCCGUUCCACUCGCUCCGUCAACACGCAGACCCCAGCCUUCACCAGUAGUUCCCACUCCUCAGGUCCUCCAUCCAGGGAGUCUGGCUCACCUCUUGUAGUGGGGAGCUUAGAGCUCAAUUCUCGUCCCUCCAGUGAACUACAAGGUAGUGGUGACUCCUCACCUGAACAGGACAGCAGACCUGGCACUUCUCCUCGUAUUAACAAAUUCCUCGCUCGGGAACCACCAGAUGGCUGUGAACGAGUUAGUUUGAAGUUCUCCGAAGACGUUAGUAACCGCAAACCCAUGUUGGACUUGAGCCUGAUGGAGAUGUGUCCGAUCAAGCCCAGUGCAGCCUGCCAGUUCAAGCCGAGCCUAGGCUCAGCGUUCAUGCCACUCAGUCGACAGGCUGCCGCGUCCGCCUCCGCGUCUCACGAGCCUCCCACACAACUGUAAACACACAGAUCAGGUUGAGAGGAACGCCAGAACUCCACAGUUUCCCAUAGUCGGCAUCACUUAACAGUACAAUAAUAUUACCUUCAUAGUUUAGUUGAACAAUGAUUGAAUGAAAGUAGGAAUUGAGUUCCAAUUUAUUCGAGCUUAUAUUGUUAUUCCAUUAUUGAUAGGGUUUUGAAUUUUUGUAAAUCUUGCAAUGCAGUUAUCGUUCAGUCAGGAUAUAUUUUGUAUUGCACAACAAAUAUAGACUGUCCGAGUGGUAAUCUCCAUCUAUAAAUAAUCAAAUUGAACUGCAUCAUGUACAAAUUAAAAUGUACAACUUCUUCACACACAUAGCCACAGUCAAUUGUGUGUAAAACCAAAUUUGUGAAGACAAAAAUUGUUUGUGAUCUUUAAAUAUUUUUUUAUGCCUAAUAAUGUUUUAGGCAAUUUUAGAUUUUUGAACCUGCUUGAAUUUAAAAAUGACUUUUUUAAUUUGAAAUACCACAUUCCCCAAGAAAUGUUAAAAUGUGAGAAGGGCUAAUUAGUUUUAAAACUAAUAGGACCUGUGGUCUGAUUGAAUGAAUUUACAUUGUAGUUAGCAAUUACAUAACUAGUUCGGUUUGUCUUUCUAAUGUAGACAUCGGUUUUUCCUUUACGAUUAUAAAUACAUUACACACAUAAAUACUUGCUAGUAAGUAUAAACUGGAAAUAUAACAGACUCAAAAACAUACUAAAACUUCAUGUUAAAUAUAAGAGACCAAAUUUAUAAUUUUGUUUGGAAAUAGCAUAUCAUGGAUAGAUAUCGGUAUCCGUGACAAUCAACGAACACGCGGUUGACAUUUUGCAUCUUCAGAACAGAUGUGACUUACACAUUCGAGCUGAACUCAUACCAUCUGCUUAUUAAAUCAUUUACAGUUCUGCAGAUAUAGAAUGUGUGUACAAGGUUUUAGGGAGAAUAUACAUUUUGUAAUUUUUUAUUUACUGGUGAUGUUAUUCCUUGUUCUGUUUCGUUUGAUUUUUCUUUUUAUCAUUGUCUUUACAGACAAUGAUUUUACUUUUAAAAUUAUUAGAGAGUUGCACAAAAUUUAUGGAAACCAUCGUCCCUAGUUGUUAUUUUAUACAACUGUCUAAAAAAUUGAAUGAUGUAAUGGCACUUCCAUACAUCUUUUAUUAAAUAAGUGACUUUUCUCUGAUUUUGAAUAACAUAAAGAGAGGGUCCUAGAAAAAGUUGUAUACUGUGUUGAAAAAUUAUAAGACAUGAAGAAUUAUUCAUCCAAAGAAGUAAAUUGUAAAUAAAUCUGAAAAAAAUACAAAAAUCACAUUUUUAUGUUUUGUACUAAUUAGAUUUAAUUAAUUAGCUAUGCUAUUUCGUAAAAUAUUUAACAAAAAUGUCAUUAAAUAAGUAUUUUAAGAAUAUUUAAAGUUAAAAAAAGCUUCUUACAAAUUGGGUUACCUAAAAAGAAAUUGCAUAUUUUUAUAACUCCCUUCUCCCUGAUUAUUAAAGAAAAUUCCAAAAUUAAACUUAAUCAUUUAGUUUUAUCCAUUUUAAAUAGAAUUUUUGCUGAUAAUUUGUGAAUUGUAUGUAGAUAAAUAAUGCGGCUUAUUAAAUGAAGUCAAGAUAUUAUCCUGACUGAACAUAGCGUCUAAGCAGAACUGAAUUUUGCUGAGUUGCUUUGUACUUAUAGCUUUAUUGUUAUUGUUGAUUGUUUCAAAGUGCAUUUAAUAUUUAACAUUAUCGUAUCAAUAAUGAAUUAUUAUGGUAAUUAAAAUUCUAAAUUAGUAAAUGAUUAUUAUAAUUUUUAGUAUUGUAUAAAAUGUUUAAUCUAAAAAAAUUCUUGUUGAAAUUUUUAUUAUUAAUAUAAUAUAUACAACUAUUGAAUUUUUGUGGAGUGUUGAAAGAUUUAGUAAGCAGUUAAUGAUUUCAAAAUACUUAUUGGAGAGAGACAGUUAAAAACAUGCCUUAAAAGUUGUUUGGCAAAUUAAUAAUUUAAAGCAUAUGACUAAUAUAAUAUUGAAUUUAUAACAAUAACAAUAUAAUUGAUUUUUAUGGUAAUAUAAUGUUCUAUUAAAAACCAAAUUUAUUAAAUAUAACAUAAUCAACUAUUGGCCAAUCAGUAACUUACCCUGAAAUAAAAGGUAUGUGAGGUUUCUAAUUUCCUUUUAUGGUUCAUUUUAGUUUUAUUGGUAUAUGAAAGGUAAAAGGGGUAAAAUUGAUGACUUUGGAUCUGUAAAAAGGGCCUUCCUUAUUUAUUAAACUCAAAAUUAAGUAGCUAAAAAGUCAAAUGAAAAUUUGAGACAGUAAAUUUUUAAAAGAGAUAUUUCAUAUAACAAAUAAUAUAAAAAAUCGGUGUAGUUUUAAAUUUACUUAAUUGUAUUAAUGGAGGGAAUUAUUCAAUAAAUUAUGGUGUAUUCUUGAAUUACAUAUAUUAGUGUGGAUUACAGAAUAAUUUCUCAUUAACAGCAUACUGGCGGGUGGUGUCACACUCAUGUAAAGAGCAAUGUCGAGAGUUGAGUUCAACUCUACUCCAAUUAAAUGCACUUUGAAUGAAUUUUUUUCAUUAUUAUUGAAAUAUUCCGAAUUAUAUUUGUUUCUAAAGUAAGAUUUUUAUGUUUGGAAGAAGAAAAGGUAUUUUAAAAUGUUAAUUAUUUUAAAAACUGAAAAGUUUUGACGUAAUGCAUUGUUCAGUCAUAAUGUGUCUUUAAUUAGGUAUAAGAAUGUGACUUCCAGUCCCCACUCAGAUCAGCACACCACACCCGUCUAGUUCGUAUUCAUCUUCACGCUGAUGUUAUAACAAAGAAGUUGUGGAAAAAUUAAUCAAAAUUUUAAAUAUUCUAUAGUUAUACUGUUGGGCUGAACUAUGACUUAUUUUAUGAAUCGUUGAUUUUUUUACUACUUAUAAAAAACAGAUCCAUUACGACAAAUACACACUAAUAAUAAUAUAGUGACAUAAACUGAAAUCUGACUUUGGUUUUAUACUGUUGUCGAUCAUGUACUGGAGACGGUGAGGAGUGGGGACGAAGUCAAGUGGUGUAAGACUGUCUACGUUAGCUUAAGUUACCAGACCGGCGACGCUGGUCGCAUUAUACUCACCGCUGAGACGUCGAGAGAUGAGCGUAUUGUGGCAAACGGUGCACGUAGGUCACUCGAGUAUAUUUACAUUAGUGAUCAGAGUUUUUAGCAUUCAUAAAAUAUUUAAUUAAGUGUACGAUUGAAUUACGUGUUUUUAACGUUUGAAUAUUUUUACAAUAACGUAUUGGCCUUGAUAUUUCUAUUGGUAGAAUGUAUUAUGUAUGUAACACAUUUUUAUUGUGAUUUCUCAUUAACUUGCUGUGUUUUAUGUAAUUUUUAAGAAAUUACUUCAAUGUUUGUGUGGACAGGAGAGAAGUACAUUUGGGGAAAAUAUGUUUUCUUCCUAAUAGUUUCAUGGUGAUUAAGAAGUAGUUCAAAGUUUAAUUUAAUCUAUUAGCUUAUUCUCAGUUGGUACUGAGAUGUUUUUUAAGUGAUAAUUUUGUACAUUUUUAUAGUUUAACUUGUUAGUUCCAAGUAUUUGUUUCUACGAAAGGAGUAGAGUGCCUCACCGUGCCAUAGUACGUCUCGGACAAUUUCACUAUACUCUUAUAUGCACCAUUGUUGAUGUUUGUAGGAUGGGUGAAUGCCUUAACAUAUUGUCGCAUCUAUUACGCCUUAAGCACGGUUAUGUUCAGUAUUAUGCUCAGUUCGUCUGACGUUGCUCAAACGCUGCAAAUUUUACAAUGUGUUUAUAGGGCUGGCUUGAAUUAUUUACUUUCUUUGGAUUUGAGGAUGCUUAUUCAAUUUAAAUUUGACUCUGAAUUGCCUCGAUGGCGGUAUUGUAUAUGAAUUACUUGCACCUUGCGUAUUUUAUUGUAUGCAUGGAAAAUUCUCACUGUUUGGAUGAUUGAAAUGUUUGAAUUAUUUAUUAUAUUAAUACACUCUGAAAUUCACUUAUAAAAUGCAGUGUUUAUUGAUUAGUAUUUGAUAUGGUAGUCUCCUCGGAUUAUAUUUACUGUCAUGAGUGCAUUCAUAAAAUUUUUACAUAAAUCACAUUUCUUGACACGUUUUAAUGUUUCAGUAUUAAGAUUAAAAAUUAAAGAUUAUGUUACUUAAAAAGAUUUUUAGAACGGUUAGUUUGUUUAGAAAUAACUUAAUGGGCAAUCCAAUUGAUAAGUAGAUAACAUUACUUAACUACCUCAAAUAAGUUUUGAAGUUGCAGAGACAUUUUAACAACAUUUUGUUGGUUUAAAAUAGAUUUUUCUUCUCUAAAGACUAAACAUUUAUGCGGUUCAUCCGGAUGAUGAUUGCCUAACUUCUUGACUUUUUGUAAAAAAGUUCAAGUAGAUUUAUGAAUACAUUAAUUGUUGUUUUUUGAUGAACCUGUAUAGAGAAAUCAAAGUUACGUUUAUUAAAUUUUGAUUUAGCUCCAGUUCACCUUCCUUUUAUUGCAGCGUCUGGUAUCUGACGCUGUUUCAGACGUGACUCCUGGAAUCUGGAGUCAUGUUCGUCUGAAGAGAUGUAAAGAAAGUCGAUGACGAAAAAGCUCAAAACGAAACAUUUACAUCUUUUCAACAUCAGAGACACCUAAACUCAAAAUUCAAUUGAAUCAACCCUUCAUACCAUAGCUACGUUAUGUGUACGUUUAUUAAUUGCCAAAAGCAGAAUGUUCUUUGUAUGUUCAGAUGUUUUUGAUCUGUAAAGACAAUUUAAUUGUAUAAUGAACCUUGUCUCGGCUUAAAAAUAUCUGUAACUUAGUGUUUGUUUUACAACUGGAAAAACCUAAUUAUUGUAUAAAAUAUUAAUGUUUGCUUUAUUUAAAAAAUGUAAAUAAUUUAAUUAUGAAGGAUUAAGUGUUUGCCAUUAUUUAUUUUGAUUUCUUUCUUACUAUGAAAGCUAUUUUACUUCCUGUACUUGUUUUUAAAACUACAUUUGAAUUGUCUUUAUUAUGGUAGUUAUUUUUAUGAAUUUCUGUCAAAAUAAUAGUUCUUACAACUUCAAUUUCUAUUUUACAGAAACUAUAGAUAAAAUUAAUAUUCUCAAACAUGUGAAAUGGGUUUACAGCAAAUGUUUCAAACUGAUGAUUUAUAUAAAUGUUCCAAGUGAAUGCAUAAUACUGGAUGUAACGACAGUGUGUUUGAUACGUUACGUCUGGUAUUCUCCGUUAUGUACCAGAAACUUCUACAAUAUUUGUUUAGAAUUAUGAAUUUAGCUAGAGGCUGGGAACGAAAUAGUAUGUAUCGGUGUGUGCUUGUACAGGAUAAUAACAAUUGUCAGAUACAUAUUGUACAGUUUGUUUUAAUAUUUUAGUGAUGUUUUAUUUUUGUUGUAGCAUGUACAAGUUAAUUUGUAAGAGUUUUUGUUAUCAUUAUUUUGUUUGGAAUAUACAAAUUGAUUUUUAUGAUCCCUAGAAUUUGAUUUGUAAACUGAAGAAUUAUUUUUAAUUAUUUAUCACUUGUUAAUAUUUUGAUAAAAGUACUAAUGUAUAAUAUAAAAUUUGUUUAUAAAACUGUUGAAUUGUUUAA